CGACGCGGCAAAAGAGCCAGAGAACGCCAGUUGGCCGCUAUAAUUCCCUCCCUCACGCGUUUGAUUGCUUCGACGCGUCCCUCUCGGAGCCGUCAACUCUGACAGCCCAGAGUACUGCCCCCUCCAUUUCUCCCCCAAUCUCUCUCUGCUCCCGUGCUUCCUCCUGCCUGCCGACGACCGAUCCGAUCGCCCAUGGACUCCAAGCCCGCCACCGCCCCGUCCGCCGCUCCGUCGGCGGAGAAGGAGGGCUCGGCGUACCCGCGCAUGUCGCCGGAGGACCUCGCGCCGCCGCCGCCGCCGGUCGUGCUGCCCGCCUCCGCCAACCCCUACGUGCUCUCGUCCGCGUCCUCCUCCCAACCGCCCGCCAAGAGUACCAGGGAGAACCUGAGGGAGAUGUUCGGCCAGGUCGGGAAGAUGUUCGGCGAGGCCGCGCGCAAGACGGAGGGCAUCGCUGGCGACGUCUGGCAGCACUUGAAAACCGGGCCUAGCAUUACUGAUGCUGCAAUGGGGAGGAUUGCUCAGAUAUCCAAGGUCAUAUCUGAAGGUGGAUACGACAAGAUUUUUCAGCAGACGUUUGAGUGCUUGCCUGAUGAGAAGCUCAAGAAGGCGUACGCGUGCUACCUCUCAACUUCUCAUGGUCCGAUUAUGGGCGUCUUGUAUGUCUCGACCGCGAAGCUUGCAUUUUGUAGCGACAGCACUGUGGCGUAUGUUACUGAGGAUAAUAAGACCGCUUCUGCCAUUUACAAGGUAGUUAUACCCGUACCUCACCUGAGAUCGGUCACUCCCACCGCAAGUCAACAGAACCCUGCAGAGAGGUACAUCCAGGUCGUUUCAGUUGAUAACCAUGAGUUCUGGUUCAUGGGUUUCGUGAACUACGACAGUGCUGUCAAGUGUCUCCAGGACGCUGUUCGUGGCAGCGGCUAGACAUCUCUUCAUUGUCGCAAGUACCUGUUGCGAUCACCGGGAUUCAGUCAUGUCAUUGUGUUAUCAUUCUUACAUAUGUUGGUCAAAUAAGCAGCGAUUUUGUGUGUCAAUAGCAUGGAUACAUUUUGGGCCAAGUGUGUUGUAAAUAUCAGACGAUGCUUUAGCUGUGUUGUUUGCUGUACAUAUUCUAAAAGCUGCAAAUUCAUUCGGCAUUGUGAGUGGAAGAUGCUGCUUCCGUUGGCAAUUGGUAUAA